GGCUCCGGAAGAAGAACCGGAAGGAGGUGGGGGAGGCUCGGAAGUAUUUCGUUUCACUGGGUACCGGACCGCACUUGGCCGGCGUGGUAUGGCUGAACAUUGAUUCGAGAUUGUGAGUCCCUGCCAGGUGCAGAAAGCGGAUGCUGCGCGGGUCCCGUCCCAAGAACAAGUGAACGCCUUCUGUGUGCUGGGCGCUGAGGAUACAAGAGGCGAUGAUGCCUGCCCUCAAGGAGCUUACCGUCUAACGGGCUUGGGAGAGGACCCUGGGAUGGGGCAUUUAUGCGCCAAGAUGCCAGAGGUCCUGUUUCCUAGGACUGAGACUUCAUAGCACAAUGACUCAAGCAGAAAUUAAACUAUGUUCUUUGCUGCUUCAAGAGCAUUUUGGAGAGAUAGUGGAUAAAAUUGGAACUCAUCUUAUCAGAACAGGUGGCCAACCAUUGAGAGUAAUUGUCCAUGAUACAGGAACAUCACUAGAUCAGGUAAAGAAAGCCCUAUGUGUCCUCAUCCAACAUAACCUGGUAACUUACCAGAUACACAAACGAGGGAUUGUGGAAUAUGAAGCCCACUGCAGUCGGAUUUUGCGGAUCCUGAGGUAUCCCCGAUACAUCUAUACAGCCAAGACCUUGUACAGUGACACAGGAGAGUUGAUUGUAGAGGAACUUCUGCUCAAUGGGAAAAUGACCAUGUCAGCUGUGGUAAAGAAGGUGGCUGACCGACUCACAGAGACCAUGGAAGAUGGGAAAACCAUGGACUACUCCGAGGUGUCCAGCACAUUUGGCCGUCUAGCAGACACACACUUUGUACAGCGAUGCCCCUUUGUUCCUGAUCCCACAGACAGUGCCGAUGCUCAGCCGCCGCCACCUGCCCCAACACUUAGCAUUAACGAGAAGGACAUGUACCUGGUUCCCAAACUGAACCUUAUAGGAAAAGGAAAGCGGAGGCGAUCAUCUGAUGAUGAUGCAGCCGGAGAGCCCAAGCCUAAGCGGCCAAAGCAAACAGCAGAGAGCAAAGAGCCCAUUCCAGAUGAUGGCAUUUACUGGCAGGCCAACCUUGACAGAUUCCACCAGCAUUUCCGUGACCAGUCUAUUGUGAGUGCAGUCGCCAACAGAAUGGAUCAGACCAGCAGCGAGAUUGUUCGGACCAUGCUCCGAAUGAGUGAAAUCACCACUUCCUCCUGUGCUCCUUUCACCCAGCCCCUGUCUUCAAAUGAGAUCUUCAGAUCUCUCCCUGUUGGAUAUAACAUCUCCAAGCAAGUUCUUGAUCAGUAUUUGACUCUUCUGGCAGAUGAUCCACUGGAGUUUGUUGGGAAGUCAGGUGACAGCGGUGGAGGAAUGUAUGUCAUCAACCUCCACAAGGCUUUGGCAUCACUGGCCAUGGCAACGCUGGAGUCCAUUGUACAGGAAAGGUUUGGGUCUCGAUGUGCCAGGAUAUUCCGAUUGGUUUUGCGGAAGAAGCACCUGGAACAGAAACAGGUAGAAGAUUUUGCUAUGAUUCCUGCCAAAGAAGCUAAGGAUAUGCUGUACAAGCUGCUGUCAGAAAAUCUCAUAUCCUUACAGGAGAUCCCUAAAACACCAGACCAUGCCCCUUCUCGGACCUUCUACCUAUAUACGGUGAAUUCCCUGUCUGCUGCCCGAAUGCUGCUACGCCGCUGCUACAAGAGCAUCGCCAACUUGAUAGAAAGGCGGCAGUUUGAGACCAAAGAGAACAAGCGACUGCUGGAGAAGUCCCAGAGAGUAGAAGCCAUCCUUGCAUCCAUGCAGGCCACAGGAGCUGAAGAGGCACAGCUACAGGAGAUUGAGGAGAUGAUCACAGCCCCUGAACGCCAGCAGCUGGAGAGUUUGAAGCGCAAUGUCAACAAGUUAGAUGCCAGUGAGAUCCAAGUGGAUGAAACCAUCUUUGUGCUGGAGUCCUAUGCAGAGAGUACCAUGAAAAGAGCUUGAUGGGAUGGGGGCGGGAAGGGGGAGAUCCUUCCUGGGGAAAGAAUAAAAUGCAUAUUUGAUGAAUGGCAACAAA